UUCAUAUGAGCACCUCGUGGCAGGUAUGUUCCGUUUUCUUCAACAUCUCUCAAUUAUUCUGCUUGGCAUGGUCACCGCGCUAAACAAACAAAAGAUCCCAACAACAGCGUCGCUCUUCUUUACCAACACACCCUCCUUCUACCUUCUCAAGCUGCGCCUGUCCAACUUUGACCAGGCUAGCGUCAAGUGGGACGAGGUCGAGGAUACCAACGGGUGUCCGCACCUGUACGGCAACUUUGGGGCUAAGGAUGUUGUCGACGUGAAGGAGUUCCGCCGCGGGGAGGGCGAGACGUGGGGUGAGGUGUUUAAGAAGGAGGAGGCUAAGGCUUGGUUGGUUUGAGGAGAGAGGGGAAUUGAGGAAGGGAGGUUUCUAAAAGAUGAAGAGCUGGGCUGGGAAGCAGAGGAAAGUUUGGUGUGAUAGCGAUGGAAAGGAGAUGAAAAGGAGAUGGAAAUGUUAUGAGAUAUGGCAUGUUCACC